AUGGCAAAUUUCGCAACAGUUAGUCCAAACGGCCAUCUGCACGGUGCACACCUUACGUCCGUACGCAAUCCGUUUGAUUCCGUGGUACUCACGACGGCGUUUGUCGUCCAAGAAAAGAAAUCGCCUGGCGUGCCAGUCUCAGAAUGGGCGAACAACUUCUGGGUGUUGCUACAGAAGCGUGUGAUGUGGCAAAUCUGCGCCUUUGGUUUCAUCACCACUAUGUUCCGAAACAUCUCGUCCACGGCCAGGAUGCCCAUGUCCACCACUUGGGCUAGCAUUGAGCCGUUGAACGACUUGUUGACAUCCAUCCUCGGGAAUAGCAUGUUUUCGGGUCCGAUACGCACGAAGUGCGCUGGGACGUGGCGUGUCUCGCACAUCAUCUCUUUUGAGUGCAAGUUGUUUGCGUUGACGUGGCUGUGGAUGUUGCCCCCUCAACGGCAUGAAAUGCAAGAGAUCAAGAAGAAGGGUGGCAAGAGCAAGUUGGCCCCUAUCACGCCCAUGUACCCUGCGACCAAAUGCUAUCGCAUUGCUGGUGGCAAUGGAAAGUUGGACCCCGACACGGGCAACUGUCCAUCGACCAAGGCCAAGAAAGGCGAGAUGCAUUCUGGCGAGAGCGUGCAGAGGUCCCAGUCGGUCGUCCGUAUUCAUCAAAUGUUUGUCAUCAUCGGACACCACCCCCAUGCCGGCUGGCGCUCUGUCGCUCGCUUGCAAGUCGGAGCGCUCCCUGUUAUCGGCCGAACCUCUGUUCGACCCCCCGUGCCUGAGCGUGGGUAG